AUGCCCCUUUACAAGCGUCGCAUCUGACUAAAACAGCGGACAGGCUCGUAAAUCGGGAAAUCGGACAGAGAGAGAGACAGUGGUUUCUGCAACGCCAAGGUGAUGUUGGAGAGCUUCAAAAAAAAGAGUCUCCACAAUCCUUCCAGUCCACGCUGAUGUGCUGGAGAGAUCACAGACACGGACGCCUUCCACCGUUUCCUGUUGGAGCUAGAUGACAAAGAGCUCAACUUUCCAAUUUGUAGACAAGAGAAAAAAGAAGCCACUUGUCUGCAGGCUGCAGUUUCUGGUCUUGGAAACAUUAGGAAAAUAACAAGCUAAAGGUUAUGCAUGCACUGCAGGCAUAACUCUGCAUUCUUUAGCCAAAUCCAUUUGCAAAGAAAACUUUUACACGUGGAGUGCCUCCGCUCCGGCUUGCAAAUUCACCAUGGCCCAGAAUCUCGAGAGUCAAGUCCAAUAAAGGGAAAGUGAGAGGGGUGGGUGUCGCUCAGUCACACAUGGGCGCGUCAGUCUGGUCUCUGUGAUCCAGACCAAGACACCCUGCAGAGCCCCUCUUGUUCUUCCUUUAUCGCUGCUGGCCUCUCAGCUUCCUCUGCCUGCUCCCUCUCAGUUCACACCUUGUAAAAGGUGGACGGGUCAACACUCUACUUACCCGAGCGCCGUCCGAUAGGUGAGGGCGGCGAGGGCUGCGCUGUCAUUGGCUGACUGCUGGUGAGAGUGCGAUGCGGAUUGGAGGAUGUCGGGGGACUGGGAUGAAGACCUGUGUAAGAAGGCGCUGGUGCUGGUGGAGGAGCUGUGCUUCAACUCCCCGAGAGGUUACAGCCAGAGCGAACGCUGCCAGGAGUUCAGCUACCUGCUGAGAGGUCGCAACAGACAGCUGGACGCAGAGAUCUCUGUCAGCCUGCUGUCGGUCAUCGUGACAUUCUGCGGCAUCGUCCUCCUCUCCGUCUCCCUCUUCGUGUCGUGGAAGCUCUGCUGGCUGCCAUGGCGAGACAAGGAGGGCGGAGGCCUGAGCCUGACGUCGGGGUUGCUGCCCGGUAGCGCUGGCGUCGGAAGCCUCGGAGGCACCGGGGGCCCGUCGCUCUUGCCCCCGCUGCUGCAGAGGAAGGAGGGCCACUCCUCGUCCUCGCUGUACCCCACGCUAGGGCAGCAGGGCCAGCACCACCCCCACUUCUCUGAGCUGGUUGGGCUGGAGAGGGGGGAGGUGGGAGGUGUGGCUGGGGGGCCGCAUGAGACCCAGGAGCACUCCUACCUGGACAUGGACUCCUACCCCAACAACGCUGGAACUCUGAAGCUGAGUCAGACGUCUCCAGACGUCCCCAACUCAGAGGGUGGAGCCCAUCCCCAAAAAGACCUGCCCAACGCUCAUUCCCAGCAGCAGGUCACCUCACGGCCCAAGCCCAUGACUCACCAGCUCUCCAGUCCUGAUUUCCAUGGUGAGGAGAAGGAGCAGGUAACCAGCAUUGGGCAGAUCAAACCAGAGCUCUACAGACCCAAGGGCGACCAGGGUGAAGGCAAACAGGGUGACAACUGCGGCAAGAUCAGCUUCCUCCUGCGCUACGCCUUCAACACGGAGCAGUUGGUGGUGAAGAUCCUGAAAGCUUUGGACCUGCCAGCGAAGGACGCCAACGGCUUCUCUGACCCGUACGUGAAGAUCUACCUACUGCCAGACAGGAAGAAGAAAUUCCAGACCAAGGUUCACAGAAAGACCUUAAACCCAGUGUUCAACGAGACAUUUCAGUUCGGCGUGCCGCUGAAUGAGCUACAUUCCAGGAAGCUGCAUUUCUCCGUGUACGACUUCGACCGCUUCUCCAGGCACGACCUGAUCGGCCAGGUAGUGGUGGACAACCUGCUGGACUUCAGCGAGGGCAGCGGGGACAAACCUGUGUGGAGGGACAUCGUGGAGGGCACUGCGGAGAAGGCUGAUCUCGGGGAGCUUAAUUUCUCGCUGUGUUACCUACCCACUGCAGGCAGGCUCACCGCCACAGUCAUCAAGGCCACCAACCUCAAAGCCAUGGACCUGACUGGCUUCUCAGAUCCGUACGUGAAAGCCUCUCUGAUCUGUGACGGGCGACGGCUAAAAAAGAGGAAGACCUCCAUUAAGAAGAACACGCUGAACCCCACGUACAACGAGGCGCUGGUGUUUGACAUUCCCAAUGAAAAUAUAGAAAGUGUAUCCAUCAUCAUUGCAGUGAUGGACUAUGACUGUAUUGGUCAUAACGAGGUUAUAGGGAUGUGUCGUGUGGGCAGUGAAGCCGAGGGUCCAGGCAGAGAGCACUGGGCAGCCAUGCUGGCCAAUCCACGCAAACCAAUAGAGCACUGGCAUCAGCUUGUGGAGGAAAAAGCAAUUGGUACAUUUGUGUCGAAGAGUGUUACAACACCCUCCCCUAAGCCUCACAUCGUGGUGGACAGUCCUCACUCCGAUUAAAACUGUCAUUAUCAUCUCUCCAGCUCCAGACUUUCCUUUUUUCCUCUCAUCUGUGAAUAAUUCUCUCCAUCAAAGAAAGAGAGACGCAGAGACACUGCUAGUGUCCAACUGCUAGUGCUGUUUUGCUCCAGCUAAUGAAUCCUCCAAAAACCUGUGCUGUCUUUGCCAAGCCGGGGAAAAAAAAACCAUCUACCACAAGCAACACUUUGAGCAUCAGACUACACAUUUACAAACCCAUGCAGACAUUAAACAGUACAGUAGGGCUCAUAUCAGGUGUAAAUUUGGGAUAUAGCAAGGGAACUCACAGACAUAACUCACACACUCACACACACACACAUAUACACACAGAGUUUGUAGUAUGUGCGUAGUUCAUGUGUGCUUCAGAUUAGUGUAGUAUUUCAUCUAGGAGGAGUGUGAUGUGACAAACUUUUCUCUCCUGAAAACAAAAAAAACAAAAAAAUAAAAAAAAUAAGAAAAUAAGAAAGCCAUCACAGAAUGGGUCAUUUCAACCAGGACCAAAGGUUCAUACCCUUGUACAGACUAUAAAAGAAGAAAAUCACUAUGUCGAUAUUUUUCUUUGCAACAUUGAUGUACAGUAUAUGCUGUACUGUAUAGGAAAACAUCUCAUGUAGUACUUAGCAGGACAAAACAUCCAUGGAGGAUUCUCCCGGGCCAUUUUGGACGCCUUCUCCAGGCUCCACACCCUCUGGUUUUUGGACUUAUCUCACUUAAUGUCGCCGGAGGAAAGACGACGAAGCAUCCUGUGGUCUUUAUUGAUGUCAGAGGAGUGAAAAAUGAGGACAGACUCAUUGGUCUAAGCAUGUUACGCAACCUUGAAAUGUGUCCCUCUUCCUCAUGCUUUUCGUCACAGUCCUCAUGGUGCUCAUCAAAUACCAACUUUUAUUUUUUCUAAUGAUUUUGCUGUGUCUAUUGUGUCAUACAUUAUACAUAUAACCAUCAGGAAAGGAGUUUAUUCAUGCCGUUUUUUUACAGUCCACUGAGGAUGAGAUGGUAUAAGCUUCUGAGUGACAUGGACUGCUUGAUCGUCCCCGGAACUCCGGCCAAAGUGGCGGACUUUUCGUACUGUAGGACUACACGGGUUGAAUGAAACCUGCGAUUAGGGUCGGACCAGCAUCCGUCUGGAGUGCACUCUCUGGAGGAUGUAACCCACAGGGAAGGAUAUCACCACUCAGUUUUAUUUUUCUAUCAUCCCAGGACUUUUUUUGUUUUCUUAUCUCAAGAAGUCAUCGUCCAGCUUCAACUGAGAAAAAUGUUCUUCAAGUCCACAUCAUGUCUCCGACAAGACUUUCGAAGGACACACACGUCCGUGUUGCUUUUAUUAGUGUGUGUUUCCGUGUUUGUGGGCGUGUUUGUUUUGUAUUCGUGCGCGUCUGUGCGUGUGUGUGUGUGUGUAU